AUGGCACCUGUUAGAUAUUCAUCACCAAGUAGAAACCAAAAUGAAAAUAAUUCUCCACAAAAUUUACAUAAUACAAUGUUUCGAAGAACACAUUGGACAAAUGAACCUAAUAAUAUGAAUUGGGAAACAUACCAUCGUUUACAAAAUCAAUUACAACAAUUAGAAAUGGAGAUAUUGAAUUGGGAAAUAGAAAUAACAAUUAGACCAUCAACACCUGCUCAUGUGAGUCAUUGGAAGAAAUUAAGACGAUUACAUAAACAUACAAAGGAAAGAUUAAACAUCCUAUUAACAAAUAGUAACCACUGCCCACACUGUAAUCAAGAAUCGGAACAAGAUCCUUGGGAGAAUAAUGAACAAUAG